AUCAAAAAAGAAGAAAACCAUGUUGCCAAGGUUCGACCCCACAAACCCAUUAGCUUGCAUGUCCGUUCUUGAGGAUGUGACCAGUAACGCAAAGCAGAUUCAAGAUUCCGUGUUGGAAGCAAUACUUUCACGUAAUGCUCAAACCGAGUACCUUAAAGGUUUCCUCAGCGGUCACAUCGAUAAGCAAAGCUUUAAGAAGAACCUACCCCUUGUGACCUACGAAGAUUAUCGCUCUUAUAUCGACCGCAUCGCUGAUGGAGAGUCCUCUAAUCUCAUAUGUGAUCGACCCAUCAGUCUUUUCUUGGCCAGCACGGGUACUUCAGGAGGAUAUCCAAAGCUAAUUCCUUUGACAGCAGAGGACAUGGAACAGAGGAUACUGUUUGCGUCUCUCUAUGCACCUCUAGUCUUCAAGCACAUAGGAAGGCUAACCGAAGGAAAGUCUCUCAUGUUCUAUUUCGUGACCCGAGAAAGUGAGACUGCCUCUGGGUUGAUCGUCAGGUUUAUGUUAACUUGUGUCUUAAAAAGCGUGAACCCAAGCAACAUAUUUCUCUGGGAUCGAGUACAGGUAAGCCCACAUGAAAUUUCGACUUGUGUAGACACAUCUCAGGCCAUGUACUGCCAAUUGCUUUGUGGACUUGUACAACGCGAAAACGUAGCUCGCCUCGGUGCACCCUUUGCUUCUUCCUUCCUCAAAGUAAUAAACUUCUUGGAAGAUCACUGGACUGAGUUAUGCUCGAACAUAAGGACUGGCCGUGUCAGCGACUGGAUCACCGACGCUCAAUGUGUUUCAGGGGUCUCUAAGUUCCUCACCGCUCCAAAUCCAGACCUAGCGAGCCUGAUCGAGAAAGAAUGUAGUAAAAUAUCAUGGGAGGGAAUAGUGAAGAGACUAUGGCCAAAAGCAAAAUGCAUAGAAGCCGUUGUUACCGGCUCCAUGGUACAAUACAUUCCGUUACUAGAAUUCUAUGGUGGAGGUCUCCCUUUGAUUUCAUCUUGGUACGGGGCCUCUGAAUGUUUCAUUGGCAUUAAUGUCGAUCCUCUGACCAAGCCUUGUGAUGUGUCGUACACCAUUGUUCCAAGUAUGGCAUACUUUGAGUUCUUAGAGGUUGAGAAGGACCAUCAAGAAACUGGACAUAAUCCCACAAAGAACCCUGUGGUCGUUGAUCUUGCCGAUGUUAAAAUAGGACAUGACUAUGAACUUAUAAUCACAACAUUUUCUGGUUUGUACAGGUACCGCUUGGGUGAUGUUUUACGAGUGACCGGUUUCUACAACAAUGCACCCCAAUUUUAUUUUGUAGGAAGACAAAAAGUUGUUCUGAGCAUGGACAUUGAUAAGACCUACGAAGAAGAUUUGCACAAGGCCGUGACAAGCGCGACGCACUUGCUCGAGCCGCAUGACCUAAUGCUCAUCGAUUUCACUAGCCGUGUGGAUUCAUCCUCGUUCCCAGGACACUACGUGAUCUACUGGGAACUCGGGAGAAAACUCAAGGACGCGAAAGUCGAGCCACACCGCCAUGUCUUAGAAGAAUGCUGCUUCACCAUUGAGAAGUCUCUCAACUCUGUCUACAGAAAGUUACGAAUGAAUGAUGGUACCGUUGGACCCCUUGAGAUUAAGGUUGUUAAGCGUGGCGCUUUCGAUGAGCUCAUGAAUUUGUUUCUGUCUCGAGGCUCUUCUGUGAGUCAGUACAAGACCCCGAGGUCGGUGACGAGUGAAGAAGCUAUGAAGAUAUUGGAAGAGGCGGUUGUUUCCGAGUUUCUUAGCACGAAAACUCCGUCGUGGGAGCCACGUGAGAUGCACUCUGGCCGAUAAACCGUAGUCACGUAGUGUGACACUUCGCUUAUAAUUAACAUAAAUAACGUCGCUAUAUAUACUUUUUAAGAUUUGUGGAACCUUUUCUUUUUAUUAUCACAUAAAAGACGCGAUUAUAAAAUCGAAUAUAAAAGUCUAUUACAAUCGCCGAGUCAUGUUCUGCUAAUCUUUCAUGUGCCUAUAAGAUGGAGACCUGCUCAAUUAUGAAGAUGUACGUGUUAAACUCUAUAGCAGCUUAUUCUA